AUGAGUGUUGUAGCUUCUCCAUUACAUCAUCAAGCAUUCUCCGACACAGAGCUGUUCGUACCAUCUGGCUCGGUAUCGGCUCACGCUGAAUUACCACCUCCAUUACCCUCUCCUCUUCCUGGUCCAGAGCCAUUAUCUGUCCCGUUCCCGAUAUUUCAACAUCGACAUACAUCUCCAUAUCCAUCACCUCAUUCUUUCUCUGCACUUGGUCCACCUCCUUCCGCCGACAUGUCUGCUCAUGUCUUGGGUUCUAUACCUGCUCCUCUAGCACCCAAGGGUUCACCGGUCAGUUUACCUGCUUUGACACCUGAAAUCGCACCUCAAGCGCCGAUGCCUCUCACCCCAGAUCCGUCUCCACCAGCAAGUAAAGUUCUGAGUCCCACAAUGAUGAUCAAGCUUGCUCCUCCAGCAAGUAAUAAUCCUUAUGAAAUCAGUUUUCUUGAGCAUCGAGAAGAUUCGCUGUUUCCCGUUCAAUUCUCACCUGAAUCUGAUCCUACACCGAGACGUAUACCGACCAUAUCCAUUGAUACUUCGGUCUCGAAUGUACCAACCCUCGAAACACCUCCAGCUAGAAUCAGAUCGAACAGUGGAUUGGACGUCCGUAUACCUCAAACAGCGCCUGUCAAGAUAAGCUCAGAGAGUAAACCUUCCAGACCAAAAUCUAUGGGUCCACCACCUCGCCCCAGACGAAGUCAGACAGCCUAUCCUGCUCCCCAAUCUGUUCGAAUGAUGGAAAGUAGAAGUGCUGAUUCGAGAGCAAAAUUAAGAAAUCAUAUACCCUUACCUAGACAAGCUUCGCAUGGUCUUGUAAAUUCGCCAAGUAUAGGAAGAGCUUUAUCUGAUGCUGGUCAAAAUACUCCUCCAAGAACAAGACCGGUAGCCUUGACAGGAUCAGAGAUGGCUCCUCCAGAUCUAGGUGGUCCAGAUGGUUUAGAAGCUAAAGUGGUGUUGUUAGGUUCUCAAGGUGUAGGAAAAACGUCUUUGAUUCUAAGGUAUACUACAAAGCAAUUCUCCCUGACUCCAGCACCAGCAACGAUAGGUUCUUCUCUCCACGCUAGAAAACUCGUCCACGAUGGUGUCAGAGUGAAAUUACAGAUUUGGGAUACGGCUGGACAAGAACGAUUUCGAUCAAUGGCUCCAAUCUAUUAUCGAGGUGCUCACGUAUGUGUGCUGGUCUAUGAUAUCUCAGAUAGACAGAGUUUCGAAGACGUCAGAAGCUGGUUGGAAGAAUUGGGUCGAACGGUGCCGAAAGAAACUGUCAUCUUCGUCGUUGGAGCCAAGAUUGAUCUGGAGAAGAAGAGAGUUGUCACCUUCGAUGAAGCUCGUUUAAUCAUCCAAGAAUGGCUGAAACCCUCGCCCGUUCACGAGCCAACCAUCCUCCUCUCACCACCACCUCGAUCGAUUUUCAGAUCUGCUACUUCGGCUUCUCGCACCGGUUCUCCCGCCACGUCGAAACCUCACACGACCAGCAACACCGGCGGACCCCCGUCUCGGUCGCACUCAUAUAAUGCUUUGUCAUCUUUGGGCUGCCCAAAUUCUGGUCAAUCUGCAUCCACUGUUCCUGCUCCAAAACAGUCGGAAACUCCUCGUCAGCCUACUCCAGGUGUUCCAUUUCCAAUGGGGAAACCAUCCGCCAUGCAGUCGCAGAACAGAUCGACACCUGCAAAACCCAAAUCAUCCUCGCCUCCUUCAGUCAGAUUUUUGUCACCUACUUCUCCGUCCAGCAUCUCUUUUCCUGCUUUACAGUCGCCUACUAGACCCACAUCUGCUACUUUCACUGAUCCUGUCGGACCUUCCAUCACUCAAGCAUCAGCAAUAAUGGGACAUCGUUCUAAUCGAAGUAGUCGAUUUUCGCUUUCUGGUGUACUUGGAUUAUCUAGAACGACAAGUAUCUCAGAAGCCGUUACGAGUCUAUCUCAACUUGCCGAAGUUCCCACUUCUCCAAGACAGAUUGCAGAUUCUCCUUCGAUGCCAAAAAGUCAAAAUCUACCGGAAACGUCAUCCCGAGUAAGAAUAGAAAGUACACCUCUGUUCCCAUCUUAUGAUCAUGUCAGGGCGGAUAGAAGAAAAUCAGAAGAUUGGUCUUCUAGAAGUUGGAAAAUGGGUCAAGGUCCAGGUGCGGCUGAAACCCUAGGUGAAUUCGGUGAUGGAGUCAAAAGGAAACAAUCUGGUGACUUAUUGGAUGCAUCAACCCCACUUUCAGCCUCGAUUACUCAAUCAGCUUUCAAGAAACAACCUCCUUCCCAUGGCACACGUAGUAGGGGUGGAAGUCUAGGUAGAGAUCCGAGAUUAUACGGCUCCGCAAAUUCAAGUAAACUUGAUCUAUCUAGAGGUGGAGCCAAUGGAGAAGAUCAAGAGAACGAGAAUGACGGCUCGUGGGGUGUUCAAGUUGAAAAUGUAAGAUUAGGUGAAUGUAGUGCUUUAUCGGGACAAGGCGUCGAAGCACUCUUCAAAUACAUUACUUCCCUUUUGGUGGAAAAGAAAGAUAAAAUCGAAAGGGAACGAGUACUCAGAAAGAAAAACAGCGUGAUGCUUACCGAUCCGACAAAAGAUGGAAAGACGGACGAAGCGAAAUCAAAAGCUGGUUAUGGAUGUUGCGCAUGA